GUGUAUCACAUUUUACGUGGCAGCACACAGGAGAUUGGCUUCCGAGUAUAAAUAAAGGUGACCAAUCUCCCCAAUAUGCUCACCCAGCUGCUAUCUAUCAGUUUAAUUUGGCUUUAGCUCAAUUCUUUGCCAAACAAUGGCACACACUCGGAGUGGUACGAUCAAAGAGCUAUGGCCUUAUGAUCAGGAUAAGCAGGUCACCAAGAACAAGUUGUUCAGCAUGGCAAUGGAAGGCAAAUGGAAAGAAGUUGCCGAGAUGUAUGAACAAGAGGAAUGGACUCAAACGGCCAAAAUCACCAAUUCAGGAGACACAGCAUUACACAUAGCUAUCUCCGUUGACAAAGAAGAUAACGCCAGACAACUUGCAGAAUCAAUUCGGGAUCCAUCCCGACUCAGACUGCUUCUUGAGACGCGGAAUGACCGAGGGAAUACCCCACUCCAUUCUGCUGCAUCAAUGGGGAAUGUUGCCAUGUGUGAAUACAUUGCAACAUUUUAUCCAGAAUUGGUGGGUGAUAGUAAUAAUGACGGGGAUACCCCUUUUGUAAUGGCAGCACUCCAUGGUGAAAAAGCAGCUUUCUUUUGUCUUCACUAUAUCUGUCUCCCGAAGAAAACAGAUGCCUUCCAGUUUUUCAGGAGGAAGAAUGGUGACACCGUCCUUCAUUGUGCCAUUACUGGGGACUACUUCGAUUUGGCAUUCCAAAUAAUUCACUUGUAUCCGCUACUGGCAAGCUCUGUAAAUGAAGAAGGAGUCACUCCUCUCCAUCUACUAGCGAGCAAGCCUUCAGCUUUUAGAAGCAGUAGCCACCUUGAAGGAUACUACAAAAUCAUUUAUCACUGCAUAUUGGUUGACCAGCUCGAGGUGGAAGCAUCCGGCAAGCAGCCAGAGAGAACCGAUAGUCCCGGGGAUAAAAAGAAUCUGAAUCCAGAGACGUACAGAGCAUGCAACGACUUGUUGCAAUUGUUUUGGAGAAUGGUUCUAGGUGGGAAAAACAGGAAUGGAGAAGAAACAGAGAUAAAGAUUGAAAGAAAAGAUACAGAGGAAUCAGCUGCAGAGAGCCCUGAACCAGAGGCAGUACGUCCAGGCAUAUUGGUCGAUCCACUCGAGGAGGAAAUACCCGACUACCAGCCAGAGGGAACCGAUAGUCCCGGGGAUAAAAAGAAUCUGAAUUCAGAGAAAUGCAGAACAUUCAACGACUUCUUGCAAUUGUUUUGGAGAAUGGUUCCAGGUGGGAAAAACAGGAAUGGAGAAGAAACAGAGAUAAAGAUUGAAAGAAAAGAUAGAGAAGAAUCAGAUGCAGAGAACCCUAGACCAAUGCGAAGAAUUAGUCCCGGGAACAAAGAGGCUCCGGCUUGUCCAGAGAACUACAGAAUCUGCAACGACUUCUACAAAUUGUUGUGGAAAAUGGUUCUAGUUGUCACAGGCACAAAUAGAGGAAAAACCAAUGCGAAGAAAGUGCCAAAGGCAAGACAUGGAGUUGAUGAGUUAUUUCCAGCUAAUUAUCGCACCUGCAUUGAAUUUGUCAAGCUUGCGAACAAGGCAUUGCUGAUGUUUCUUGGAUUAGGACUCAGUACCGCAAUAACAAAGAUGGAGAGUAACAAACGGAAGCACGUAUGGGCCGUUCAAAUCAUGAACGAACUUCUACGACAAUAUCAUUCGACAUAUGAAAUUGCUUCCACAUCUAGGGUUGAUGUGGCCGAGUUAGCACAAUCCCGAACAAAGGAAUUAGAAGAAACAACGGCUUACGAUCUUGAUCCAGAUCAACUGAUCAGUAGUGAAACUCCGCCCACUGAUUCUAUGAAAACUACUGGAAGUGAUGGGAUGGAGAAAACCCUUAAAACGGCGAAGAUGAUCUUAUUAAUUGAUUCUAAAAGUGGCAUCAACGAUAUUGUGAAGAAAGUACAAGAACUUUUUCCGAUUUCCAUUCAAGAUAGGAAUGCUGAGAACAAGAAUCUAAUGAUGCUCGUAGAUCAGCCUCAGAAUAAACCUCCUGGAAUGCCAAAGAAAUUAGAGACUCCAAUAUUACUUGCAGCCAAGAAUGGUAUCGCUGAAAUUGUGGAAAGAAUCAUAGAAGUCUGUCCAAUUGCCAUUAAUGACGUGAAUUCAGAUAAUAAGAAUAUAGUAUUGUUGGCGGUGGAGAACAGGCAACCAAAGGUAUAUGAACUCUUGAAACGACGAAAUAUCUUGAAAGAGAGCAUGUUUAGACAAUUGGAUAAAGAAGAGAAUAGUGCCCUGCAUCUUGCGGCAAAGCUUGGAGACAAACAGCCAUGGCGGAUUCCCGGGGCAGCAUUGCAAAUGCAAUGGGAAAACAAAUGGUAUGAGUAUGUCAGGGAUUCCAUGCCCCAUACCUUUUUCCCCCGCUACAACAAGGAGGGCAAGACCCCAAGCGACUUGUUCACGGAAACCCACAGAAACCUUGUAGAGGAUGGUAGCAAGUGGCUAACAAACACUUCUCAAUCCUGUUCCGUCGUAGCUGCACUCAUCGCCACAGUGGCCUUUACCACCGCCACCACUGUCCCCGGAGGCUUCGAGAGUAAUGGCACUCCAGCGCUCGAAAACAAGCCUGGUUUUGACCUCUUCGCGGUCUCAUCACUCGUUGCUCUCUGCUUCUCGAUCACGGCCUUAGUCAUGUUCCUCGCCAUCUUAACAUCACGAUACCAAGAGAGAGAUUUUGGCAGGAACUUACCUAGGAAACUCUUGCUGGGUUUAACAUCUUUGUUCGUGUCCAUAGCCGCGAUGCUAAUUUCAUUUUGUGGGGGCCAUUUCUUUGUGCUGAAGGAGGAGCUAAAGUUAGCGGCGGUUCCAGUGUAUGCAGUGACAUGCCUACCGGUGACGUUUUUUGCUAUGGCGCAGUUGCCUCUCUAUAUUGAUCUUUUACGGGCUACCGUAUCGAAGGUGCCACAACGCAGCCACAAGGUGGAUCCCUGACAUUUUUUAUUCCAUUUGUGUGCGGAUGCUACAAUAUCUCUGCUUCCAGCAGCUGAACCAGCAAUUGUUGAGAGCGAGUUUUUAUCGUGUGACAUAUUUAUAUAAAAUAAAA